CGAAUAUUAUGGUCGCGGGGUGUGCCGGGCGUCGCGAACGCGGUGGAUAUAAUUAUCCCACACCGUUUGCAUAUAUAAGUAGUAAUCUUGCUUGUAUUAUCAAAACACACAUCGUCCUUCUUAGUAUCCGAAUCCGUCGCAAAUCAAUCCGAUCCACUCUAUAAAGCUGAAACUGCCUCGAUCAGCUCGUUUUUUGUUGUAAUAUACAGCAGCGAGUCUGUAUCAACGUCUGUUAUUUGUGUGUUCGACGUCGAAAUUGAAUCAGUCCGCGAUCUCAAAAUUAAAAAUUACGAUCACGUCUGCUAUAAUAUUUACGCGGUAAAGACAAAGAGAUAUAUUGGUAGUGGGAAACUACAGUUUGCACACAAAUCGCGCUCUCCCUGUAUUAAGCUUUUCCUCUCUCUCUCUCUCUUUAGCUUUCUAUCUCUCUCUGUCGCUCAAUCGCUUGUUUCUUCUUGUGGCUUGUGUGAGGCUGAGGUGCGUGAUAGGUGCGGGGACACGUUUUCCUAUCCGAGUCAUGAUAUAGUAUCACCUCCCGAAAUUCCUGAGUAAGUUCGAUCGACUCGGUACCUCAUUAGAGCGCGUUAAUCGCACGUAUCAUCAAGGUUAAACUAUAGCCGCAUAGCCGCAUUAGUUAAAGUGUGCGCGUUCCGUGUAAACAUACUUUAACGCAUCCGAGCUAAAAAGCCGGCUUUAAUUUAUUUAAAAGAAGAAUCUUGAGUCACACUAUAUAUAAAUUAGUAUAUAAUUGUUGCCGAUUAAAAUGUCGAACACAAGUACAUCUACGAAACCCGUUGACGUGAAACGAGAAGAAUUCAGGAAGUACCUCGAACAUGCAGGUGUAAUGGAUGCCUUAACCAAUGUGCUGGUAUCCCUGUAUGAAUCAUCUGAAAGGCCUGAAGAUGCUUUAGAGUAUCUUCGAAGACACUUUAUGGGUUCUGAUUCAGUUAAAGUGGAAAAGCAAGAAGUAGAAAGUUUAAAGAAAGAGCUGUGUGAUGCCAAAGCGCAAAUAGCAGAAUUAAAACUAAAAUUAUCUAAGCACGAUGCACAAUAUUCGCCCCAAAGCUCACCAAAUUAGUCAAUUAAUAAUUAGGCAAGUAAUAUGUGAUGACAUACUAGUCCUAUUUGCCAUAAGAAAGUUGACAAGUUCAUGGGGUAUACUGUGCCUAAUAAGAUGACAAUGUAGUGUUUACAAUUGAUUCAAGUAACUUUUGCAUCGCUACAUUUUAGUUGAAUGUAGGACCAAUUGAUAUUGACAGUAAUUAAAAAUAUAUUGUUUUCACCAUUUUCUUUAUAAAGGACCAUUUACUUGAAAAUUUCUGAAAUGUAAAAGUACAUUAAUUUCAAAAAUGAAAUUUCAUAGCAAAAAUUUAAUAGUUUCAUAUCUUACUUAAUUGAUCUUAUAUGUGCAAAUUUGUGUUCAAUGAACUUUUCAAUUCAAAUUUAAUGAGUAAUUAAAUAUGCAAGUAUUGAAGAUAAGAAACAGAGGUAUUACAAAUGCUUAUAUUUAUAUAAAUAUUUCUAUAUAUGUAUAUUUGUCAUCGAAAAGUAUUUCAGUAUGUUUAUGCCAAAACAUAACAAAAUAAAGCAUCUUUUCUACUUGGA